AUGUACCAAGGACCGGGCCUUGUGGCUUGGGAAGCUAUUUGCCAACCUAAGUCUACUGGUGGGUUGGGAUUUAGGAAUGUUUCAGCAUGGAAUAAAGCUGCAAUGGGGAAGUACCUUUGGGCUAUAGCCAAUAAGGAGGAUAGCUUAUGGUUGAGAUGGAUAAAUAGUGUAUAUUUGCAUAAUGGAGAUUGGUGGGAUCACAUCCCACCAAGUCAAUCGAGUUGGUACUGGAUUAGCUUGAUGAGGCUUAAGGAGCAAUUCAAGAUUGCUCUAAAUGGGAAUUUGGUACUGCAAAAAUACACUGUUGACUAUGGUUACAAACUUCUGAACCCAGUUCAAGAGAAGGUGUUUUGGAACAAGCAAAUAUGGGGUAGGCUAAACACACCAAAGCACAGUUUUGUUGCAUGGUUAGCUAUCCAACACAGACUCAAAACAAGGGAUAGACUAUGCAAGAUGGGGAUCUUUGCUGAUCAUGGAUGUUUGUUGUGUAAAGAACAGCCUGAAACAUCAAUGCAUCUGUUUUUUGAGUGCGCUGUUUCCCGGAAGUGCCUGCAACAAGUAAAGGAGUGGCUGCAAUGGAAGCCGCAAUCAGUUAGCCUCUCGGGUCUAAUUCGAUGGCUUGGUAGGUCGAAGAUGAGCAAUUUCAGAAAGCUUGUAAUAGCGGCUCCUGUUGCAAGCUUGAUUUACCACAUAUGGAAGAUGCGAAAUCUGUCCUAUUGGGAUGAUGAAACUCAAGAUGACAUGAGAAUGUGUAAAGAGUUAAAGGCUGGUGUGACUCAAAGAGUGGAAUUAUUUUGGCCUAAAAAAGUUUCGAAUGUAGACAAAGAAUGGUUCAUGUCAUUGUUAUAG